CGCCUGUUGUAACUUGGAAAGUUCAGACGACUGUUGACCGUGUCAGAGCGUUGAGCUGCAUACUAUCUUGUUAUCAAGAUUUCAAUGACCUACACAACCGACGCGUCCCGCUGGCGGGCGCUGACAGUUCGCGACAUAAACGCAAAUGGCCAAUUUGUCUACUCAAUCAAGUCAACCAAAAUCUAUUGCAGACCAAACUGCCCCGGACGACUGGCGCGCCGAGCGAACGUCGACUUCUACAAAACAGCCAAAGAAGCACAAGAGGCCGGAUUCAGGGCCUGCAAGAGAUGCAGACCAGAUGUCGAAGCUGAGGAACCGCAGUACCGGACGGUAGCGAAAGCGUGCAGCCUCAUUGAAGAGGCGUCGAAGAACCACGAUAGAAAAGCCUUCAGGUUACAGGACCUAGCAAAGCAGGUUGGACUUACACCAAGAUAUUUCCAUAAAGUCUUCAAAGAUAGAAUGGGUAUGACGCCAAAAGAGUAUGCGCAAAUCAAGAUGACGGAUGGUAGCGGUUCGAUCGCGACUUCGGUCCCGAUUGCCAGUCAACCAGAUGUCGAGUUCUUCGAUUGGGAAGCCUUUGACUCGGAGAAUGCUGUAGACAUUGGAGUUGAGUCAAGUACGACUUCGUACAACGGCUUCACAGCGGAGGAUAUACAGUCGGCGGCGACCUUCUUUGGGAACGGAAACAAUACAUGCUUCCAAUUUCCAGCUUGGGAUUGGGGACAGCCUGGUGGCACGGACUCGGAAUUUGGUCUCGUAAACGAGAGCAUGGACAGCUUGCUGGGAGCAACACCGGCGCUUGUUGGUAUGGAAUAGCCAUAAUAAACGAUUGCAAUGCCGAAAGUUUCGGGCUUGGUACCCGGCCCAAGUAGAUCUGAUAGAUUGCGACGUAUUGACGAUUGGUGAGAACGUCGCGUUGAGGCUAAUCAGGGUCUGGCUAAAGGGAAGAGUAGAAAUUGAGGGGGCAAGGCUAAGCCUUCAAUUGUUCGAUUUUAAAUAGUAUAACUAUAAAACCAUCAACCCGCAACAAGAGGGAUGUGUGGCAUUCUCCACCAAUCUCUAUCCAAACCUGCAGCUCCGUGUCGUCUUUGAGCCUAGACAGGCAAUAUCCAAGCUGUCUCUAAUCAU